AUGGCGGAAGAGAUUGCAACGCACAACGCAAACGCCGACGAUGCGGUCGUCGCGGGUCCCAAGAAGUUCCCCAAGGGUGUUGUGCUCGGGAAAGACGGCAAGCCGUGCCGAAGCUGUACCUCCUUUGCCGCGUGGGCUGCGCAAACAAGGGAAAAGGCCAAGCAGGGCGGUGGCGGUGAGGGCGGCGGUAGCGUGAGGGCAGCUGUCGCCGAGAUGACAGCCUCAGCAACGUCGACUCCGCCGCCUGACUGCCCGCCCGACGUCGAAGUGCUGGGACGCAGCGCCUGGACCGUCCUCCACUCCAUCGCCGCCAACUAUCCCGAAGCACCGUCUCGCUCGCAGCAGUCAGAUCUUACAGGCUUCGUCAGUCUCUUCUCCAAGCUGUAUCCAUGCUGGGUAUGCGCCGAGGAUUUCCGGGCCUACUUGGGCCGCGAGGUGCCACGGGUGACAAGCCGCGACGAAUUCGGCAAGUGGCUGUGCGGGGCACACAAUGACGUGAAUCGCAAGCUCGGGAAGCCCGAGUUUGACUGCUCGAGGUGGGAGGAGCGGUGGCGGACUGGGUGGAAAGACGGCAGAUGCGACUGA